UGAUAGAAGUUAAUAUCGCUGGUGAGUCAGCAAGAGUCAACGACGACGAUUAGAAGAGUCUAGCUUGCUCCCAUAACUAUUCACCAUGUUUUGGCUCAUAUGUAUCUCCCAUAUUUUAGUAUUGGGGUUAGCGAUUGAGUCAUACGAGGCAACGGAUGGUGGUAUGGAGAGGACGAAUCAAUCCAUACCAGAUAGCGUAAUGAGCAUUUUGCCAGCGGUGGAAGCCAUUUUGAAAGACUAUACGGAAAUACGCAAAAUCCUUGACAGGGAUUACAAGGAGUCCGUUGUCAAGCAGAGGUUCAAACUCGUCGCACUAAUGGCAAAGUUCAUAAAGGAAAAAUCCUUUUUGUUGGCUUCCCAAGAGAAGGACAGUGUCGUAAAAAAGAAUAUAUGGAACUUAAGGUCGAUUAUAGUAAAGCAACUCCUACCUGUUGCAAACAAACUUAGCAAGUCCAAGAAAGGUAGGCGUCAGUAUUUGGUUAAAUUGAACUCGGCGAUUGACUCAAUAAAGAAGUGGUCAAUUAAGUAUGCUCAUGGUAUGUGCUUUACCGAUGGCGAUGAUGGUGGCAAGGAUAAAGACAAGGAUGAUGUUAAUUCUCAUCUUAAAGGUAAAUGUGAAAAGUUAUACAUCAAGAGUAUCAAUAAACCUGUGAUUCAGCCACAUAGGUCGUACAUUUACGCAGUUGGUACUUGGUUGAGAGACGCUUCUGAUGAAUUGUUCACAAAGGUCUACGCCAUCGACAAAAUUGGAGAUCUAGCAAGGCCUGGAUCUAAAGAUCUCAGACGAGCUUCGCAGGUUAAGGUUUACGACGAUCUGAAUACCCUAGAAACAUCAGGGAACCCGUCAUCCUUGAUAAACUUACCAGCUGGCAAAUGGUGUCAGGGGACCGAUCAUGUAAUCUUAAACAAUAACCUUUACUGUGACCACUACAAUGGUAGCAUGUUGAUGAAGUAUGACCUUUCAACUGGUGAAGCUGUUAUCGCCAACCCAAUUCCAGAGUUGAAAAGAACGAUCAGCCAUACGUUUUGUGAUGGAAGAUAUAGGUACCUGUCAUUCUCAACAGAUGAAAACGGACUUCUAUGGGUGAUAUACCCAACUGGUAACAAGGGCAAUAUUACAGUUAGUCUCUUGGAUCCCGACGAUCUUACAAACUUAGGGACUUGGUACACUGAUUAUCCCAUAUACGUGCCAUUCGUUGGGAAGGUUGGCAACGCCUUCAUGGCGAACUGUGUGUUGUAUCUCACCGGGUUCUGCAAGGAUUCUCCCACUGAUAUCCGCUAUGUCUACGAUACUGUCACAAGCAAGGGGUUCGUUUUGGAAGAGAAUGUGAUACCUCUCUUACAGAGUAACAACGUACGCGGGGAUCACCUAGACUGGGCAUCUGUAUGGUCGUUGAACUAUAAUCCCGUUGAUGAUAGUUUGUAUGGUAAUAACUAUGGAAAACUGGAACGCUAUAAAGUUUCAUUCGAGGAACUUGAAAGCUUUGAACAGGCAUUUGGAAAUCUAACCCAGACCUCAGCCUGAUUCUUACAUAUGGGUUAUUCAGCUUUAUAGCAUUCGUUUCCCAAUAUCACAAUCUUAAAACCAAAAUUGAAAAUAAUUUCCAAAAGAGCAAUAAUAAAAAUAACAUGUGAG